AUGUCGUCCGACUCGAUGUCGUCCAGCUCCAUGUCCAUGUCCAUGUCCACCAUGCCCAUGGUGUUCACCACGUCGCACCACACGCCGCUGUACGGGAACGGGUGGACGCCCACCACGAGCGGCGGCUACGCCGGCACCUGCAUAUUUCUGGUCGUCCUGGCCAUCGGGCUCCGGCUGGUCCUGGCGGCCAAGGGCGUGUGCGAACAGCGAUGGGCCGCUGCGGCGCGACGGCGGCGGUUCGUCCUGGUCAAGGGGAGGGCCACUGAGGCCAGCCGGAUCGAUCAGGACCCCGACGCGAAGACCGGGGCGCUCAUCACAGUCAACGGCGUCGAGGAGAACGUCAAGGUCGUCCACGCCACGAGCAUCUUCCCGCCCUUCCGGCUAUCGGUCGAUGUCCCCCGGGCCAUUUUGACCACCAUCAUCGCCGCCAUGGCAUAUUUGCUGAUGUUGGCCGUCAUGACCAUGAACGUGGGCUACUUCCUCUCCGUGCUGCUGGGUGUGUUUCUUGGUGAGAUCGCCGUGGGCAGAUAUGCCCGCAGCGACGAACACUUUCACUGA